AUAUAAACACGUGGAUUUACAUGCGCUGCUUUUUUCCUUCAAAAAUCCUUUCCUGACAAAUUACAGUGAAGACUCGCACAAAACUCAGUUCUCUCUUUUCCAUUUUUUUUUUCCCUCAGAGUGACCAAAUCCCCCCUUUUCAAUUUCGCCUCUGUUGAAACCCUUAUCCGCUCUCUUACGCAUCAAAAGAUGUACCUCAAAGCAUUGGUGUUGUACCUUCUGACGUGGAUCGCCGGUGCUGCUUAUCACCCUCAGACCAUCAUCAACAAGCUCCACCCUAAAUCCGCCGCCAAAACCCUUGGUUCCUCCGUGAUUUUCCCCGUCUCCGGAAAUGUUUAUCCCAAAGGGUACUAUCAUGUGUCAAUAUCCAUCGGCGAACCCCCCAAACCCUACUUUUUCGAUAUAGACACUGGCAGUGAUCUCACUUGGCUUCAGUGUGACGCACCUUGCACAAAAUGCACUCCGGCGCCACAUAGUCUUUACAAACCGAAACAAAACCUUAUCACAUGCCAAGAUCCUAUAUGUGCCUCUCUUCACGAGCCUGGUAAUCAUGACUGUCGAUCACCGCAUGACCAGUGUGAUUACCAAGUUGACUAUGCUGACAAUGGUUCGUCUUUGGGUGUGAUGGUUAAGGACUCGUUUCCUCUUAAAUUCACUAAUGGUACCACAGUAGCUCCUCAACUAGCAUUUGGAUGUGGGUACAGCCAAGAAGUUCAAGAUUUGACUCAUCUGCCUUACACCGAUGGAGUACUUGGCUUAGGCACCGGCAAAUCGAGCAUUUUAGCCCAAUUGCGCAAUAAGGGGCUGACACGAAAUGUUAUUGGUCAUUGUUUGAGUGGACAAGGCGGUGGAUUUCUUUUUUUCGGAGACGAUUUUCUCCCUGAUUCAGGAAUUGUCUGGAAAUCCAUUUCGAGCCAAUCAAAGCACUACUCGUUGGGGCCCGCAGACCUUCAGUUCGGGGGUCAAGCCACUAAUAUUAAGGGCCUUCCUAUAGUUUUCGAUAGUGGAAGUACUUACACUUACUUCACCUCCAAAGCUUAUAACGCUCUCGUUUCUCUGAUAAAAGGAGACUUAAACGGGAAGCAACUGAAAGAGGCAGUGGAAGAUAAAAGCCUUCCCGUUUGUUGGAAAGGAGCUAAGCCCUUUAAAUCAAUUCGAGAUGCCACAACCUACUUCAAGCCUUUGGCGUUGAGCUUUACAAAUGCUAAAAACGUUCAAUUUCAGAUUCGCCCAGAAUAUUAUCUUGUUGUCACAGGGCAGGGCAAUGUCUGCUUAGGAAUCUUGAACGGGGGCGAUGUUGGAUUGGAGGAUAUCAAUGUGAUUGGAGAUAUUUCGAUGCAAGAUAAAUUGGUGAUUUACGAUAACGAGAAACAGCAAGUGGGGUGGGCCCCGGCUAACUGCAACAGGCUUCCAAACAUGGAUCAUGAUUUUGGCGAAGAUCGCUGUCUGCCUUUUGCCGGCAAUGAUGGUUUCUUGGAAGGAAUUUUCGGUGCAGGCUCUGGUUUUUGGAGACUAUAAUGUAGGGAAAAAAAAGAAAAAAAAUAAAGGCUGAUUAUGAUAUUAGAUAUAGUAGGUGUAACUCUGUGCUGUGGUUAUUCAGUAAAUACAUGUGAAUCUUGGACUGUUUAAUUAGACAAAGAACAUACUUAUUAGUUAUUACUUGUGUUUAGAUAUAGCUAAAAUAGUUUUUGAUG